CGUGCAAGAAGUGCAGAGCGUAUAGUGCUGCACUGGUGAUAAUAGAGGAAAAGACGGUGCGUUGGGAGUAGUUGAAGAUCACAGGGCUCGACCCUUCGUUCUGGUCUUCCAAUCAUCGCCCCUCCACUGGAGCAAGGAUAGGCCGGGUAUCGUUCCAAUACCGACUCGGGAACCCUUUCGUCGCUGCGAAGAGGCUGGGUCUUCGUAUUUUCACAUUCUCCUUUUCUCAACCCUGUCGUCGAAAGUCCAUCGGUCAGGGAGAGCUUUCGCUGUGAAAAGAGCAAGAAAAAAAACGGACUACUAGAGGGAAAAUGAAAUCCAUCACGAACACCGUGCGAUAGAACGAUUGGUCGAAUCGUACCUGACGCAAAGGUCGGGUGGGGUCGAGUGCGUCUCCCCUCUGAAAACGUCUGGUCUACGUACAUAACUCCUUGGGACUGGGAGACGGCAGUAUUUGGGUGUCUGGAUUUUUGGGGCCGUGAACUGCACUGUGAACGACAAAACGACUGCCCCAAACCCCAGGCGGAAACAGUGACCACGGGAAGGAGUAGAAACGGUGGAAGCCUCAGCGGCGUCUUUCCCGAAUGGAUGUGAUCGGACACGGCGGUCCGACAGCGACAGCAACGAAGGCCAGCAGCAAACUCACCAAUGGAACGGCACGGGACGAGACGAUUACUAAAGACGUCACCACCGCGGGUAGCGGACGGAAGAAGACGAAAAGGAAAAACCGAGCUAAAAAUAGUCAGCGAGAGGAGACGACGGACACGGCGGCGACGUCGGUAGGUGAUGACCCGUCCGCAGUAUCGGUAUCACCAUCGGCUGGUGAUGUAAAUAGUAGUCAUAGUAGUAAUCACGCCAGCAACGGAGUGCCGGAAGGGGAGGUGGCAGAAGUUGACGCAAUUAGUAGAAAGCUGGAGCAGUGUGUUCACGUUAGUCGCACGAACGGACUAACGAAUGGGUUGCCAAAGUUGGACAAAUCCUUCGGCAGUUACUCGCAAACGGAUACGACACCACGCGGCGAGGCAGAGCAAAACGAUGGCCAUGAAAGGUCCCCCCGUCAAGCGAUCAGUACAGCGGCGCACAGUAAAAAGGGUAAACAACGAUCGAAGCAGCAGAAAAGGGCACAAGACGAUGGAACGCACGACACGGCAAUGGUCAAUGGGGGCGAACAGGAAUUCAGUAGCGUCCGGGAGGUCAAAAGUCCCCCGUCCGAUUCGGCUGGGAUGGAUGCGAUCAGCGCUACCGGUGAAGCCGGUACCAAGGCAUCUGAUGGCGGCGAGGGAGCGAUGAAAGAUCAUACGAUCACCAGUCUUUCUCUGGGUGCCAUCGACGAGAGUCCGUCGUCUCGCAGCAGCACGUCUACCUCAUCGAUUUCGUUACCAAGCACGGGCGGCCCACAGGAAGCACCCACCACGGAACCGCCGAUCGCAAUCACUUAUCAGGUGUACGAAUCGGAACGGCAGAUGCCCGCCAUCAUGGCCCUAAUACAGAAGGAUCUCUCCGAGCCGUACUCCAUCUACACGUAUCGUUACUUCAUCCACAAUUGGCCGAAGCUGUGCUUUUUGGCACUGCACAAGGAGACGUGCGUUGGUGCGAUCGUCUGCAAGCUCGACAUCCACCGGGAAAACGUCCGCCGGGGGUACAUUGCGAUGCUGGCCGUGGACAAGGACUACCGGAAGCUAAAGAUCGGUACAACACUCGUGCAGAAGGCAAUACAGGUUAUGCUUGACGAUAAAGCCGACGAAGUGGUGCUAGAAACGGAAAUAACCAAUCAGCCCGCGUUGCGAUUAUACGAAAAUCUGGGCUUCGUGCGGGAUAAGCGGCUCUUUCACUACUACUUGAACGGUGUCGAUGCGCUGCGGCUGAAGCUGUGGUUCAGAUGAAUGCUCCUCUUCGCCCGUUCGCUCGUUCGUAGCUCGUUCCCAGGUGGGCACGUAGUAGCGGAAUAGGAAAGCCUUUUGCAGCACGCCGUUUUCAGUUUUUUAGAACCGAAGUAGCGUACGGUCAUUUCAACAUUUGGCGAUACGUUCGGGGAACUCGCGUUUCAACAUUGCAACCGCCCAAUUGUGGUAAAACGAUGUGAAAGUUGUAAUUUUUGUUGUUGUUAAAUUCUAUUUCCAAAGCACGCCCGUAGCUUAGGAUGGAGGCAUCUUGAAUCAUUCGACGACUGGAAACAGAUUGCAUGGCACGGAUUCACUUUGAUUUGAAACUGAGUCGGACUAGUAACUAUUAACAAGUCACUUGGUACGCAAAAGAAUGUUGGCCUGUGUGUCUGGUUUUGAACACUUUUCGUUUGCCCCUUGUUUAUCUGCUCGGCGCUAGUGGUGCCACCGUACCACAUCUCGCCAUGUGGUUCUACGGCUCCCUAUAUAUAAGUUAGCCUUAAACGAUAAUUUAUUGUGCGCACUGUCCGCUAUGCUUCGGAAUGCUUCCACCUGUCCUCUUGGCAGCAACGCGCUCUUUCGGCUGUGGGCCCAGUUAGCUUUCGAUACUGUAAGAUAAGAACAGUGUAUAGAACGGGAUUAGCGGGGGCUAUUUGGGACUGGUUGGUGCGAUUUAGUAGCAAAAUGUGUGUUUUCUGUGUGUGUGUGUGUCCGUCUAAAGUGUCUUCACGUGGCUGGCGUUCUUUCGUCGAGCAGGAUCGUUACAUACGACCACCCCCCUUGUGCCCUGUGUUCAACGGAACGAGGAGACGCUCCUUCAUUCACCCCGAAACUAAGGUCCACUAAGGAACGCGAAAGAGAGAGAGAGAGAGAGAGAGAGAGAGAGAGAGAGAGAGAGAGAGAGACAAUGGAAGCUCUAACGUCUAAAGUCUUCGAAGCGACUGUAUGCUGCCCGGUAGCAGAAAUUUCGGUCAGAUCGCCUCUCAUCUGGAGUGGUUCUCCCGCGGUCCGUAGUCGAUUACGAAUCUUUCGCCUCAUUUUGAAAUUGCGAAAACGGGCAAUCCACAAUACCAAAACUAGCGUAGAACUGCAUCUCGCGGCACCUGUAGGUGACUGCCUGUGGUGCGCCUGGCCACUACUGCAGCACGUCCCGAAGCAGGGCUGCGCGGCGUAACUGACCGUGUAACGCAGGCAGUGAGAGCCGGGACCGCGACGGAUUAGGCGCGAUUUGCAAAUUGUAAAUAG